AUGCGCUAUCUGUCCAAAAAGCACGGGUUGGCCGGACAUAACGAAAAGGAGAGGAUCCGGAUGGACAUCCUCGAGGGACAGCUCAAGGACUUUAGGGGCGACUUUCUGGAGGCCACGUUUGACCCGCACUUCGAAAUGGCUAGAGUUGAGUACCUGAAGAAUAUGCCCAAAAUGCUGAGCCAGUUGUCCGACUUCCUGGGAGAGUACCCGUACUUUGCGGGCAAGUCCAUCAGUUACGUGGACUUCUUAGCCUACGAGCUCAUCGAUUUGCACUACUAUUUGGAACCGGAUGUGUUCGUCAACUUCCCGAAUCUCAAGGAGUUCCUGACCCGCAUCGAGGGUAUGCCAACCAUUCAUAAGUACCAAUACUCAGACAAUUACAUACGUUGGCCCUCCGGACUGGUGGUGCGGUGGUAUAAAAGACUGGUAGCCAACAGAUGUCAGCCUAUGGUUGGUGUGCUAUCCGUAGGGGGAGUACAGUAUAGGAUAGGGGGGAACGGGUGGUGCGAAAUGUUCGGUGCAAUGCUCUGUGCUGUGAGUGAGUGA